CGACUUGGCAAGGAGUGAGGUUUCGGUAGUUACAUUUUUCCCUUUGUUGAGAUCAAUGACAAUGGUUCCAUCACUGUCUUGGGGAAGAUAUCGUCUGAUGAUUCUUCGUAUAAGACGUAGCUGGGACGUGCUGAGAACCAACUCUUACAUUACUGCAAUCCUCGCCGGCAUACAAGACCUAACUUACUACCAUCAACCCCUCGACUAUCCAAAGCAAUGGCUCCUGGUCGAACAGACGACGAGACGGCUGAGGUCUCUACCUCUUCCAAGGCGAAUUCAAAUUAUGGGCUGAACACGAAAUGGCCGGAGGCCUACGAUCUCGCCGGAUCCAAUCUGCCAUGCCGUCUGGAGGGUGAAAUUGGCGACCUGGUGGUCCUGGGAGAAAUCCCAAAGGAGAUCGAUGGCACCUUUUACCGAGUCAUGACAGACCCCUUCGUGCCGCCCCAUCCCAACAACGUUCCCCUUGAUGGCGACGGUAACAUUUCAGCAUUCCGUAUCAAAGACGGCAGAGUCGACAUGAAGAUGCGCUACGUCGAAACCGAGCGCUACAAGCUCGAGCGCAAAGCCAACAAGGCUUUGUUCGGCCUGUAUCGCAACCCGUUCACGCAUCACCCAUGUGUUCGCGCCGCGGUAGAUUCCACGGCUAACACCAAUAUCGUGCUAUGGGUCGAUCACUUUCUCGCCCUGAAAGAAGGAGGUUUGCCCUAUUCCGUGGACCCGCAGACCUUGGAGACCAUCAAGUACGAUCCCUUUGGGCAAAUCAAGGCAAAGACGUUUACGGCUCAUCCCAAGAUCGAUCCGUACACGAAUGAGCUUGUAGUAUUCGGAUACGAGGCCAGAGGUCUGGCGUCGCUGGACAUUGUCAUAUACGCGCUGGAUAGUCAGGGUGUGAAGCAUGACGAGCAGUGGAUCAAGUCGCCGUGGUGUGCACCGAUACACGACUGUGCCAUCACGCCAAACUGGAUCAUCCUAGCACUCUGGCCAUUCGAAGCCAGCGUAGAGCGGAUGAAGAAGGGAGGACACCACUGGGCCUGGGACUAUGAUCUUCCUGCCACCUUCAUUGUUGCUCCCCGUCGGAGUUCGACCAAGCUUCCACCUGGCUGGCAGCCGGGCGAGAGUCGAGUGUACUCGUGGAAGAACUGUAUGCUCAUUCACACGGGUGUCCGACUACGUCCGUUGGACUUUUGA